AGUGAUUUAUUAGAAUUUUAGAAUAGUAGUGACACACAUAUUUUAAACAGGAAAAACACGAUCGAAUUCAAAUCCUCCUCUAUUCUAUUUAUACUCGCCCAUCCUUCUCACAUCUUCUUCACUCCCACGCAGUAAUAAUUACCUAGUUUCUUAAUUUAUCACUCCGCUCCUUCCCUCCACCUAUUUCCUCCCUUGUUCGUUUUCCACCCAUCAAACAAAAACAGAGUCCCCACCCCCUCCUCUUAAUUUCAUUCAUCACAACACACUAGCUAGUGUGUGUUUGUGUAUCAUUCUCAUAAACACACAUAUAGUAAAUCCAUCACACCCUACUUUGAGUUCCCACCUUGGUUUUGGAUUUAAGCUAUGGUGUAAGGUUACUUUGCGUGAUAAAAAUUUCUGGGUGUUUACCUCCUAGAUUAACUUGAUUUCCUAAUCAACGAAGACGUACUGAUAUAACAAGAACAUGUGCGAAUCAAAAUCAGAGCAGAUGCAUGAUACGGAAAAGCAGACAGAAUUAGGUGGGUUAUUAACAAGACGAGGUUCGACUAGGACAAUAAUGUGGGAUGUGAUAGGAGAAGCGAAAUCCCUGUGGGAGGUGGCAUUCCCGACAGCACUCACUGGUCUAAUUUUCUACGCGCGUUCCAUGGUCUCCAUGCUGUUCCUAGGCCACCUAGGAGACACCGAACUCGCUGCGGGAUCCCUAGCCAUCGCCUUCGCCAACAUCACUGGCUACUCAGUUCUCUCGGGUCUCUCCUUAGGUAUGGAACCUCUUUGUUCCCAAGCCUUCGGAGCUAAACGCCCCAAACUCCUCUCUCUCACCCUCCAUCGCUGCGUCAUCUUUUUAUUAUUCUCUUCAAUCCCCAUUUCCCUAUUGUGGCUCAACAUGUCCAAAAUCUUCAUCUUACUCAACCAGCACACACACAUCACCCAAAUGGCACAAACCUACUUGCUCUUCCUCCUCCCCGACCUCCUUAUCAACUCUUUCCUCCACCCAAUCAGAGUCUACCUUCGCGCCCAGAACGUCACCCACCCUGUCACCUUAGCGUCCCUCGCCGGCACCCUCCUCCACGUGGCCUUUAACCUGGCUCUCGUCGAGCGCGGCCUGGGUGGCGUCGCCGCCGCCGCCGCCGCCUCCAGCUUUUCCAUUCUAUGUUUGCUGGUUCUCUAUUUGUGGAUAAGUGGGGUCCACCUGGCCACGUGGACCGCGCCGAGCCGGGAGUGUUUAACCUGCUGGGAGCCGCUAAUUCGGCUCGCGGCGCCGAGCUGUGUCUCCGUUUGUUUGGAGUGGUGGUGGUAUGAGAUCAUGAUUUUGUUGUGCGGGUUGUUGGUGGACCCCACUGCCAGCGUGGCGGCUAUGGGGAUUUUAAUCCAGACUACGUCCUUGAUCUACGUUUUUCCCUCCUCGCUGGGGCUUGCGGUGUCUACGCGCGUGGGAAACGAGCUUGGCGCCAACAGGGGACGACGCGCCAGGAUGUCGGCGGUGGUGGCGGUGUUCUUUGCCGCCGUAAUGGGGUUCUCCGCGGUGGUUUUUGCGACGGCGAUGCGGAGGAGGUGGGGGAGGAUGUUCACCGGAGACGAGGGGAUUCUGCGGCUGACGGGGGCGGCGCUACCGAUUCUGGGGCUGUGCGAGCUGGGAAACUGCCCGCAGACGGUGGGGUGCGGGGUGGUGAGGGGGACGGCGAGGCCGAACGUGGCGGCGAAUGUGAACCUGGGAGCGUUUUAUCUGGUGGGGAUGCCCGUGGCAGUUGGGCUUGCGUUCUGGCUCGAGGUCGGGUUCUGUGGGCUCUGGCUGGGCCUAUUGUCGGCCCAGGUUUGUUGUGCGGGCCUCAUGUUGUAUAUGAUUGGGACCACCGAUUGGGAGUACCAGGCCUGUCGGGCCCAGUUACUUACGGCCCUUGAUGAAGGAUCCGACGGCCACAAACAACCGUUGAUUGCCACUUUGGACAACAACAACUACUCUUGAUGAAAUAAAAAAAAAAAAAUUAUGAUGAUUGUUGAUUGACGGUGUAAUAUUCUUUUUCUUUUGUAAUAAUUCUUACUUAUUAUUAAAGGGAAUUUGUGAAAUACAGUUAUUAUUAUUUAUUUUUCACUGCUAA